AUGUCCGAAAAGAAAGGUGUAGCUCUUCGAGAAUUAUACUGGAAAACGCUUGUUCUUGGAGCUCAUCAGCCAUCGGAAUUCGAUGGAGGACGAUUCCGAAGUGAUCCGGGAGAGCAAUUUCCAAUUGAUAUAGUGAUUGGUCUAGAUAAACUCGCAAAUAUUUAUAAGGUCGCAAUCGAUGUAGAUGAGGAAUUCACACCGUCGAAAGUGACGAUUCGAAUCGGGAAGGGAGAUGUUAAUGCGGAGGUGAAUUACAAAAAUGCGCGACAGGCGAAAUUCCAGAAGCCGGUAGUACUGGAAUUCUAUAAAAGAGAGCGAUCAAUGAGCAGAAUGGAAACGAAAAACGCGUUCACUGACGCCAUCGGACAAUACGUUUGGUUGAAUAUCGACCGCCCAAUUGAUCAUGUUGUGAAUCCGCAUAAAAUGAUUCAAAUCAAUAAGCUGACGAUUCUUGGCUACCCGAUUCCUGUCGAGAAGAUUGAGGAAAAAUCGAAACACGACGAUGCCAAAGAGUCGCAAACAAUGGAAGAAGUGGUUGAGAGCAGAGCGCCAUCUCGAAGUGCCGUUGCGAAAAAAAAUAUCAAGGUUGAGAGGUACAGCUACGAAGGCGAUGGAAUGAAUAUGAAUACUGAUGGUCCUUUGGGAGGCGAUCCGCUCUCCUCAAUCCGAACGAUUCGAAGGGUGCUUGAAGAUAAAAUGAAUAAGUCAAAUGAGGAAGGCAAGACGAUUCAAGCUACCGUUUGCUUGCGUGCCAUCCAGCGAAUCGACGAAUAUGAGACGAGAAUUGAGGAUCUUGGCCGACGAAGAAGUGCCGCGUUGCAAUCUGGAGACACUGCUAUGGCUGAGCGACACCGGCUAGCGAUGAUCGAUUGUCGUGACACCGUAUUUCGGGCGGUUCAUAUUGAUCUACUGCUCACACGCGAUGAGCUUCGCGCAAUCGGUGUUCAAUCGGAAUGGGCUGAUGAAGCAACAGAUUAA